GUCGCUGCCGACGGAGCCCCAGUUCUGGACGCGCCUGGGCCUGUCCGCGGACAAAGCCCUUGCAGCGCUGCGCAACUUCGCCACCAAGGCCACGCGCAUCCUGGAGCAGCGCCGGGGCGCUAGGACAUCCAACCGUGGGCUCCUCGCAAAAUCCAUCAUGAAGCUGUGGGUGUCCGGAGCCGUGCCGUUUAAUGACGCGGGCCGGGUCGAGAGGACGAUGCAAGCAGUGAGUGCCUGCGCGAUGGCCUCCCACGACCCGCCGAGGGUGGACAUGCGCACUGCGGUCGCCCGUGCCCGGGAGCUCCUCGAGGCCCGCCAGCAGCGGAGCGGCCGCCGCGCCGGCGCGCGCGGGCGCCGCAGCCGCAGCCGCAGCCGAGGCGCCGGACGCGACGCCCCCGAGCGCGCCCGCCGUUCCAAGGACAAGGCGCCGGAGGCUGGCGGCGCGCGCAGCCGCGGAGCCGCCGGCGCAGGGGGCGCCGGCCCCGACCCCGACGGCAGUUGCGCCGUGCACCCCGUCGCCGCAGCCGGCGCUACCGCUGCGCCCGGGACGCCGCAGCGGCAGAACGAGCAGUCGGCGUUCCUCUCGCAGCUGGCCGCAGUCUCUCCGCGCACGCAGAGCCGCAUGAUUGAGGCCGCGAUGGGGGCCGCCCGGCCGGCGUGCAGCGCCGUGGCGGGGCCGGCGGCGGCGACCCCGCCGCCCGCCGCCCCGCAGGCGCUGGCGAAGAAGCGCAAGGGCCCGCCCGACACGCCAGCCGCCAGCGGCGCAGCCGGGGGCUCGCUCACGGUCGACGGGGGCUCCAACGCGGACGUAGGCGGCAUCGUCGGCGGCUCGUGCGCCAUGCUCUCCCAGAACCGCGGAAUGCCGACGUACUUCAAGGACGUGCAAACCCACGACCUCGACGUGUUGCUGUACUUUUGGGACGAGCGUGACGGGGGGCAGUUCUGCGGCUGGUGGUUCGGGCACCGGCUGGGAGGAGACCGCGUGUGGUCACACUGCCCAGGGCGGGCCCCCACGCCGCCUCAGACGGGAUGGAGGGCCCCGUGCGACGGGCCCAUUGACCCAACCUUCGUGGUGACCACCCAGCCGCAGGGACCUUCGCUGGAGGCUCCACCCCGCGCGCAGCCAUCCUACUCCGCGGAGGCCGUGAGCGAGGGCCACAGCGCGACGACGCCAGCCAGCAGUCCGAUGCAGUCGAGCCCGAACUGGCAGCCGAUGGCCGCGAACCACGUCGUCGAGUUCUCCUUCGCCCCAGGCGGGAGCCUGGACCGCGACGCCCAACUCUGGGGCUUCUACCGCACCUUGGCGUGCGCGGGGAUCUAUGUUCACGAAGUGUACGCUGGGGCCCAGUGGGGGGCGCGCGCCAACGCGUGGGGCGGGGCCGGCACGAUCUACGUGCCCGCUGUCCGGACGAGCCACGGGGUCACCAUCAAUUGGUGGCGGUCCCGUGAUGGCCGCUUCCGCUGCGACGGGAAAACACCCCUGGUGGAGCACCUGCCUGUGGCCGCAGCUCCGCAGGGCGUUCCCCGUGUGGGCUCCCGGGGCGACGGCCCGCGGGCGGACCGCAGGAAGGAAGACGUGCAGCGCAGGGCGCGCCAGCAGCGCCUGGCCGGCAAAGUCCUCGUGCUCCGUGGGCAGACGCUCUUCCGCUCGGAUGCCCCCGACCGUCAGGGUGCGUGGCCAGGGGUCUGGGACCUGCUGGACGAGCACAUCGGUGUCCGGAACGUCCCGCCACGCCACACUAUGCCAUGGCCGCUCGUCCUCCGGACUGGCGUCACCCUAUCGAUCAGCAGCGACGGCCGCGUGCGGUCGGCCAUUAGCAGGGCCCCGCUGCAGGCGAUCGAGGACGCGGACCGGGAAGCAGCCACCGCUCACCAGCGGCUGGGUGAGGAACUGGCCCGUGCAGAGGCCGCCGCGUACAUGGGCGCCCUCGAGGGGCUCCCGACGCUGGGCACGGGCAUCCUCGCCCAUCGGUGGAGGGACAAAGGCACCCUCAUGACGGCGCUCGACGUUGAGUUCUUUCUCAGCACCGCGUGCCGCCUCCUGCCUGGCAUCGAUUUUAGCCGCCGCGUCCCCGACUUCCCCUUCGAAGCGAUGGGCCCCGCCACCGCGAAAUGCGAGGCGGUCGUGGGAUUCCGGCAUCGCGAGGCACGUGUGCCGAUUGAAUUGCUGAGCGGAGAGACAGAUACCGACCGCACCCAGUGGUAUGUAGCUGAUGGAGAGGUGCUUAACGGGGGGUUCGCCAUCCCGCCGAAGGGGCUCGAGUACGACAGGAUCCGGCGCAGCCGCCCUGAACUAUCACUCGCGGUGGCAUACGGUGACCUCAACCCCAGCCCGUCCCUGGAGAAGCAUUACCGACGUCACCUCGCCGCCCGGGGGCUGGGGGGCCUCGUCCCAGACGCCGUCGCCGCGCAUGUCCGCGGGCGCCGCCUGGACGUCGCGCGGACCACGGACCCCGUCCGCGUCACCGCGGUGGUGCACGGGGAGGAGUGCCGCGCAUCGGGCUGCACGAGGCAACACUGUGGGAAGCCCGUCGAGCUCUUCGGGUGCCACGACCUGGACCACUACCUGGUCGUCCUGACAGGCCUUCAGACGCGUGCCCCCGCAGGCGCGACGAGCAGGAGCGGCCGCGCUGCCCGCUGCGUAUUCAGCAAAGAGCCGGGCGAUUGGUCAGUCUCCUUGAGGGCCCUGGAGCCGUUCCAAGAGCUCGCCGCCGAGGAGCUCCGCCGAUGGUCUCAACCCGGGGGCACGUGGCGGACUGCCCCGGGCGACGCGCUCCUGGCAUCUGCGGGGCUUGCGUCAUGGCUUUGGCGUGCCUCUUGCUACCUGGGCGCGGUGACGGGCGGCCUCCUGUGGGUCGCGCGCGCGCCCCCCCUCCAGCUCGCGCCGCCGAGCAGCGCCCCCCUCGCGGCGGGCGCCAUCCAGGCGACGCGGCGGCGGCAGGCCGAGCGAGCCAACGCCCUGGCCCGCACGCGCGCGGCACGGUGCAUCCAGCUCGCCGAGCAGGACCCCACGGCAGCGGAGCAGUGCCUCACGAAGAUCUCCGGACAGCGCGGCCUGGGCCUCCCGGAGAUCAUGGGGGACAGCAGCGUGCCAGGCGCCUUCAGGGGAGGCGACGACGUCCAGACAGGCGCGGCGCAGUGCAUUCGUCAGAGAGGGUGCGGUCGGGAGGCGGACUUCACGCCCCGCCAAAAGGACCACCUCAGGCGUGGUGAGCGCCGCUCCCGAGAUCUCCUUGCCUCUCUGCGCCAGCAGUGGCGGCAGGAGUGGGCGCGGGACCACCGCCCUUACACUGAAGAAGACCUCCGAGACGCCUGCGAUCGGAUCAAGGUCGGAAAGGCCAGCGCAGGGGAAGCCACAACAGCAGUACCCGGUUACCGUGCCCUUUCCACGAACACCGUGGAACUCAGAGUGGCCGAGGAACUGUGGGCGCUGCACCACGAGCACGUACUCUGGCUUUCCGCGGGGGGCUGCCAAUUGGGCAGGGGAGAAUCUCUCAUCGCGGUCCUGCUCGGCGUCGAGACGCGGCUCAUACGCGCAGACCUGGGCCUGCCCAUCGCCGAGGCCUUCGCAGACCUUGCGGAGGCGUUUGACACGAUACACGCCCCAGCGGUUAUCCUGGGCAUUAGCGAAGGUGCGGGCCUCACCGGAGAGGACCUCGUGCUGGCCGCGCAGAUGCUCCACGGCUCCCAGGUCCGCGUGGUCUCGGGCGAGGCGCAGGCUGCCCCAGUUCCCCUUACGGACGGCAUGCCCGAAGGCCGGCGCCUCGCCCCAGCCUUCUUCGUCGCGGCGGCCAGGGCCUUCAGGGCGGCCGCUGGCCCCGAUUGCGGCGGCGUCGGGCUCGACCCCCCCGCCGAGGCGGUCACCGCCUUCCACCUCGCGGCCCACGAGUCGGUCCGAGGCGAGCUCCGCGUCGGGCCCGGGAAGAGGGAGUGCAUCAGCAACGGGAUCGCGGACGUCCGACCGAUCCGCGGCAUCGCGUUCGCCACGCAGCACACGUCCCUGGGCAUCCCAGUCGAGGCUGACGCCCGCAUGAUAGGCCUCCUCAGGCACGUCGAAAACCGGGCGCAGGGAGGCCGGGCCAGCGCGCUCACGGCCACCGAGCACCUCGGCUUGCCCACCGCCGCCGCGCUGGCCGCCCUGCGCACGCGGACCACCCCGCGAGCAUGCCAUGGGGCGGCCCUGCUCAUCGUUCGUGGCGAUUGGGAGCGCCGUGUUGACGCCGUCCCGGACCGGUGGAUUUCACGGUUGCUUGAACUCUCUCAGCCGGUGCCGCGCAUCGCCCUCCUCCGCGAAGGCGGGCUCGCAUGGCGGCUGAGCGCCAGCGCCCUCCGCCACGCCUUCGGCCUCCACGCCCGCGUGCAGGCGCCCCCGCAGGCGGCGCGCCCGGCCCGCGUCCUGCGAGCGGCCCGCGAGUGCCAGGGCACGUGGGCGGCGGCGCUCGAGCACUACGCGAGCGACCUGGCCGCCCCCCUCUUCGCCGAGUGGGCGCGCGGCGCCCUCGCCCAGGACACCCGCGCCCUGAGCGGCUCAGCGAGGGGGCGGGCGACCCGCCGCUACCUCCGCGAGGCCGUCGACCCGGGGCUGCAGGCGCGCGAGGACGAAUGGCUCGCGGCCCAGCGCGCGCUCUACCCAGCCCGGGGCGUGCGCAGCUUGCCGGAGGUCAGCGACCUGGCCCUGGUCUGCCAUGCCGUCCGCCCCUGGGCGCAGCUGCGGCUACAAGGCCGCUUCACGUCCCACGGCGGCCUGGCGGCGCCCUGCCGGUGGUGCGGCGCCGUGGCCCCGGUGGACAGCAGCCACCUCGGGGAGUGCUCCCAGGCUGCCCGCGCCGCUCAGGACGCAGCCGCGGGCACCCCAUGGGAGGGGAACAGCGCGGCAGAGCUGUGGCGCCGGUGCCGCGAGGACGCGGACGUCCUCACGGCGAUCACAGUAGCCGGGCGCCUCGCG